AUGAGCCGGCUGUGUGCGCAGGUGGCCAAGAGGGCCAAUGGCAUCCUGGCUUGUAUCAGCAAUAGUGCAUCGGUCAGGGCACAGCUCGAGUGCUGUGUUCAGUUCUGGGCACCUCACCACAAGGUCUUUUCCAACCUCGAUGAUUCCAUGACUGUAAGCCCAGCACACGCUGGGACUGAGGCGGAGGCUCACGGCACAACCCCCCGCGCCAUGGCGGGCUGUCCGGACGCACUCCCGCAGCCCUCCCGGGGGCGGCGGGGCGGACUACAACUCCCGGCAUGCCCCGCGCGGCCGGGCGGGAGCGACGGAGCGCGCGUGCGCCGCCAGACGUGGCAGCGGCAGCCGCAGCCCGCAGCGCUGUGCUCGGCGAUGGCUGUGCCGGGGCAGCGCGCCGGGGUUGCGCGGUGCCGCGGACGGUUCCCGCUGCUGCUGCUCGGGCUGACGGCAUUCCUGCUGGCGUUUGGGUACUCAUUGAAAUUGUCUCCUCUCAUAGAAAAAAUAAGUGACCACAAGGAUUUUAAGAAGCUUCUCAGGACACGAAACAACAUACUAGUGCUGUAUUCUAAAUCUGCUGCUGCUGCAGAAAGCUCACUCAGGUUACUGUCUAAUGUGGCCCAGGAGGUGAAAGGACGAGGUACUAUAAGCUGGAUAGACUGUGGUGACACUGAGAGCCGAAAAUUAUGCAAGAAGAUGAAAGUAGAUCCUAAUUCAAAGGAGAAAGGAGUGGAAUUACUCCAUUAUAAGGAUGGUGCAUUUCAUACUGAAUAUAACAGAGCUGUCACGUUGAAGUCUAUUGUGGCCUUUCUCAAAGAUCCAGAAGGUGCUCCAUUGUGGGAGGAGGAUCCUGAAGCCAAAGACAUUGUGCAUGUAGACAGUGAAAAGGAAUUACGAAGACUUCUGAAGAAGGAAGACAAACCCCUUCUGAUGAUGUUCUAUGCCCCAUGGUGUGGUGUUUGUAAGAGAAUGAUGCCGUCUUUUCAGCAGGCAGCCACAGAGCUGAAGGGUAAAUAUGUUCUUGCAGGAAUGAACGUUUACUCUGCUGAAUUUGAAAGGAUAAAGGAAGAAUACAAUGUCCGUGGAUAUCCUACAAUCUGCUAUUUUGAGAAAGGAAAGUUCCUGUUCCAUUUUGAGAACUAUGGUGCUACUGCGGCAGAUAUAGCAGAGUGGCUAAAAAACCCGCAGGCACCUCAGCCACAGGCUCCGGAGAUUCCCUGGGCAGAUGAGGAAAAUGUAGUUUAUCACCUGACCGAUGAGGACUUCGACAAGUUUAUAAAAGAUCAUUCAUCUGUCCUAGUGAUGUUCCAUGCACCAUGGUGUGGGCACUGUAAGAAAAUGAAGCCAGAAUAUGAGAAGGCUGCAGAGUUUCUCCAUGCAGGCAGUGAUAGCCCAGGUGUCCUUGCAGCAGUAGAUGCUACCGUCAACAAAGCACUGGCAGAAAGGUACCAUAUCUCAGGGUUUCCUACUGUGAAGUACUUUAAGGAUGGAGAAGAGAAAUACACUCUGCCACACCUCAGAACGAAAAAGAAGAUCAUUGAUUGGCUGCAAAAUCCUGAAGCACCACCUCCCCCUGAGCCUGCAUGGGAAGAAAAACAGAGCAAUGUUAUCCAUCUUGCUGGAGAAGACUUCAGGGAGUCCUUGAAGAAGAAGAAGCACACCCUUGUCAUGUUCUACGCACCGUGGUGCCCUCACUGUAAAAAUGCCAUUCCACAUUUUACAACUGCUGCCGAAGUCUUUAAAGAAGAUCGAAAGAUUGCCUACGCUGCAGUGGACUGUGCCAAAGAUCAGAAUCAUGACCUGUGCAAGCAGGAGGGAGUUGAUGGCUACCCCACCUUCAACUAUUACAACUACGGGAAAUUUGUAGAAAAAUAUACUGGAGAGAGAGGGGAGGCCGGAUUCACCACUUUCAUGAGGACCCUUAGAGAAAGAGACCAUGAGAGAGUAGGAAAGAAGAAGGAUGAAUUGUAAUGUCUGCCUCAAAAGAAGCUUUCCGCUGCACUGUGAAUGGUUCCAGGUCUUUUGUUAAUACACCUGAGACUUCACACGUUCUCAAGACAGAGACUUUUUUUAUAAACAGCCAUGGCCAUUUUGUACAAUUUUGAAAUAAAGUGAAACCACUUGAUUUUUAAAAGGAAAAAAAAAAAAAUUUGAAUGUUGCCAUAAUGUUUUAAAGAAAAACUUAGCAUUUUCUCUCAUGUUGUGAGACUAUGCCCACUGACACUCCUAUGCAAUAUUUUUGUAGUCUAUAGUGUGUCUGUAGGUGUUUGAUAAGGUGAUUUUUUUUUAAAGGUAUUGCAGUACAUGUUUAACAAAACAACAAUGAGGGGGGAGGGAGGAGAUGACACUUUAAAAAAAAACAAAACAAAAAACAACAGUAAAGCAAAGUGGACUUGCAAGACACAGAUUAUCCAAAUGCAGUUUUAUAUUCUUUUGAAAUACUUACAUGUUCUUCGGUGAGAUUUGGGAAAACAAUAUUAAGGUGCUCAGGGAUAGAUAAGGUGUUUGAGUUAAGACAUUAUCAUUGGCCAAUCCAGAUCUAUAGAUUUCAUUUCAAUCUCUCUACCAGGACUGUUUACAUACCUCUAUAGAAUGUAUUGAUUUAAUUGACUCAAGUAUCAAAAGCCUACAAAGCAUGGGUAAAAUUAAACUAAGCCCUCCUUUUUGACAUCAGUAUUGACAAAUGCCUCUGUAUGUUAUGGUAGGAGCAAUGACCUUAUGGGAUAUACAGUUACCCUUGUAGGGUAUACAGCCUCCCUUCAAGUUUUGACUGGGCCAUCUGAAACAUUUGUUGGAAAAUGUUACAUUUAAAUGUUUUGAUAAAUGCAUACUACUUCUGAUAAUGCAGUAAUUAUAUACAUUAAUGUUUACAUUUCAAAAGUUUAUCCACAUUUGUAUGUUGGAGAGUUUCUUUCUGCUCUUGAAGGAGUUGCAUACACAAUCUGUUAGACAAAACCAUCCCUGUAAAAGCUGGAUUAGCAGCAGUUGACAUGUUAACACCUGAUGGUUUUGUUUUUUUUUAAAAAAAAAAAGAUUUUCUGGAGGUACUUAUGCCUUUUACAGGAGGGGAGCAAGAGAGGCAAGAAGUUGUGAUUCACUACAAAUAAAUCUGAAAAAAGAAAGUUACUUUUAUUGUUGAUCAGCCUUGUUCAGAUUCUUCUGUGUUGGGUUGUCCAAGAGAACACCCACAGGCAGUGGUGGAGUAGGCAUCUGCAGGAUGGAUGCCCACUCUGUGCUGGGGGUGGCAUAGAGUCUGGCUGUGCCAGGAUCUGCAUCCAUCCACCUUCACACUCAACAGCAGACCAAACAGCUUUUCGCAAUGAAGCAACAUGCCUCGGCUCUGUCAUCUUCCUUUUGCUCCUCAGUCUGCCUGUUUCAUUUUCUAUUUCGAAUGUUUGAAGGCACUGUUAAUGGACAGCACAUCACUGUGCUGCCCAGGAGGUGCAUGGCAAUUCACCUCCAUUCUGGAUCUGUUUUUGUCCUUUCUCUCACCCAGUGAAUGGCCCUGUGCAGUUGGCACUUCGUUAGGCUGCUGCAGCCUGCUGCAGCCAGUAGUGAGUAAUCUGGAAUACCAGUAGCCUUAUGGCCUUGUAUGGUAGCCAGCUUGUUAACCGUGACUUAAAUUUAAAAGUGGUGGAGCUGUGCCAAGUGUUUUCUCUUUUUAGGCACCUUCUGUCUCUUCACUUAGCUGUCCGGUCAUACCUAAUAUCCUAGGGUGAAAGGAGCUUAAUUUAUUAAGAGUCUUACUGGUUUUUUUUUCUUUCCUGUUAGCAAGAUGCUUCAUGUUGCGUUCAGUGCUUUUGCAUAAAGUCAUGAUAGUUUUUCCAAGCCAGCCUCAUCUUGGCAGCAAGUGUUCCACCCUGCACUUAACAAGUAAUAUGUACUGAUGCCAUUGGAUUUGAAACAGGAAUUUCUUUGCUUACCGGCAGACAACUGAGAACGAUAGUGCAGAACUUCCUGCAAUGUUUUUGAUCUCAGAGUCAAAGCAGCUGGCACUAAGGAGGCAAAUAGUCUCCAGAACUGCUUGUAGGCUGUGCCUGUGUUUGUGCUAAUUGCUGAGAAAUGCGGACUUCUUUUGAAGGGAAGAAAAUAAAUCAUUGCUUGCCAAUGGUGACAUCACUUGUCAGCAUCAUUCUGAAUUGCAGGCUUUAGUAAAUGUUUAGGAUAGGACAAUUGCACACUGUGCUUCAGACCCAUAAUUCCUUACAGCUGGUUACACCAUAAUAAAAUUUAAAUUAAGGAUUCUCGUUUUUC